AUGGUCGCCGUAUCCUCUCCACAGACUAAUGAAUCAGAGCAAAAGAGACGGAAGCAGACCCUGGAGAGGGCCAAGGCCAACCAUCUAUCAAAACAGCUCCAGAUGCGCCUACAAUAUGCAAAACUCAAGGUUGAACAUGGCUGGCAAAGACAAAACUUAAACGAAGUGGAAAAUCUUUACUUUCACCAUUCCCAUCUUCGCGGGCCACGCCCUACCACUCUUUCAAAGCCUCAACCCACAACAUUUACACCUAGUCCUACUUCCAACCCUGUGGCUGCGGGUCCUUCCACCGUCCAGUUGAAGGAUACUCUCCCUCCAUCUUCCAACGAUGCCAAUCUGUUCGUGCAAGCCAUAGGACAUCAUAAUUUUACGGAGACCCAAGGUGGAUUAUGUGGUCUUUCUGGUGCAGAAGCCACUUCAGAUACGUCAGCCACCGAUGAGGAGAACCGAGGUCCAGGUCCAGCAUCGUAUACUGUGACGCCCCCUUACUCUGAACCGCCCGUAUCGUAUAACGGGAAAUCAUCCUCGCCGCCCACGUUCUCCGAGUCCCAAACGCAACCGCAAAUGCAGGCAGACAAUGGAUCCACUACCUCUCGUAAUAAUAUCCGACGAUCCCCAGCUCACUCCAGCACUGACACUAUUCUGACCCAAUCUUCACAAGCCGAUAUGUUUAGCCCGACAAUUGUGCAACUAUCUGGGACCCACUCACCAACUCCUUUCUUCCCCUCACCCACAUCUCGCUCAGAACCUUUUGACUUUUCAGCUGAUCCUUUGCGACCUGCAUUAUCGCGAGAACCAUCUCAAUCGCACCUGUCAGCCAGACGUCCCUCUGCGCCUUCCAUAUCUUCAUCUAAUACCGUCAAUCAAAUAUUUUCGACAAAUUCUCCACUUACGUACGAUUCCUUCUGGUCUUCACAUUCCUCAUCCACUCUGGCGUACCGUAAUAUGCUGUCCAGUGCAGGUAUUAUGGGAGGCAAUGUGAACCCCACGCUGGCAAUCCGUUCUGGAAAUGGAGUUGUCGGCAUACCGUCACCACUUAUACACGCCACUACGUUUGAUGCUAGUAGGAGAGGACUCACUCCCAGCAGUAAUAGCCCUGCACAGAUUGUGUCGGGUAAUGAAGCUCGGUAA